AUGCCUUUCCUAACAACAUCCCUGGAUGUAUUUCUCGCAACAAGCUUUCUUAUUACCAUCGGCUCUCUCUACUUGAUACGUCCGUGGUCACAACCGGCCCCUGGCGCCCCACGAGCGCCUUUCCGCACCCCGCUAUCCCUCCUGAUCCUCAUACACUCCCUCUACGUCCUCUACAUCCUGCUCGUCACUCCUCCCCCAAAUCUCUUCUCGCUGCUGCAUAUCCCGCUCACCACACCCUCCGACAAAAUCCGCGCUCUCCUCCUUGCGCAUGCACGCCUACCACCCGACGCGCCCCUUCCCCCCUCUCUGGAAGACCUCCUGACGCGCCUCUCCUCCUUCGACGUCCGCACGAUAUACAUUCGGUUCGGACAACCGACGGUGCAAAGCUGCUCAUACUGCCACACCUUUGACGAUUACCUACUCCACUACCUGCCCGGCCCGCUCCUCUCAUACGUCCGUACCGCCGCCGUACUCGGCCUCGUCACGCUCCGCGGCUCCUUCCACGAGCGCUGGCGGCGCUACGCCGUCGGUCUCCUCGUCUGCGCCGCCGUCACCGAAGCCUACUGGACUGCGACGGUCGAGGUCAAGAUCCCGCGCACCGGCCUCGGCGUCAUCAUGUGGCACGAUUACCUGUGGACCGCACGCCACCUUCUCUUCCUUUCCCUCCCUCUGCUUGUCCACCUCCUCCCCCUCCGCCCACCGCCCCCUUCACCAGCCUCCCUCCUUCUCAACCCCGCUUCCCCCCUCUCGCUCACCUCCACCGUCCAAGCCUCCGACGCCGCGCUCGCCCGCCUCGCCCUCCUCAAACAUGCGCACGGCGCCAUCGCGCGCCACCCCGACCUCCGGCAGAAGAGCGGGACGUGGUGGGCGGAGCAGCGACAAGAGGGAGAAUGGGCGCGCGCGGACGAGCGCGUGCGCGUUAUGGCGGAUAAGCUCGGCGUCGGGACGUGGGAGGAAGGGACCGGGGCUGGAGAGGAGGAGCAAGGGCUCGGGACGCUGAGGAAGAACGCGAGGACGUUCGUAGCCGCGCUCUGGAGGGUUUACACCGCCACCAAAAAUAGGGUCGACCGAUCGGCGGGUUCAACUUUCUCUUCUUGCCUCUCCCGCGCGGAAGCAAAAUCGGCCGCUCACCAGCGAUCACCCACUGCAAUUGCGGAGGUCCAGUACUUUGCAUCUUCCCGUUGUGGCGGGAAGAUGCAAAGUACUGGACCUGCGGAUGUGUUGUAUGGAGCAGGCGCAGGUUACUCGCGGUUAUUCAUCGCUAUCAUGCGCAUUCCGCGCUAUGAUCCGCACCAGAUGGGCAGGAUCGACAUGUCCAAGGCCAGGGUCGAUCCCGCCCUUCCGCAUAAACGCGGAUACGAUGCAUAA